GUCCGUUCGUUUGUAAUCAAAUCCAAAGGAAGCCAACGGAGCGCGUGCCAGGUUCGCGUCGACGGCAUUACCGUGCGAUGAUGACAGAUCAGACGUAUCCGCCCUAGUCGCCGAGCUUAUCAUGAGAGGAAACGGCAACUCCUAGGAUCCGUUCUCAAGCAAUCCGCGACGCAAGAGACCAAGACGAUCGCUUUCUGCGGCGUGAAUCCUCCUCCCCUUCGUUCCCGGCGUAGUGGAUCUUCGUGGCCUUCGACUCGACACCGUCGGUUGCCUGCAACUCUUUACUGCGUCUCACGUCUCUCCGGCGCGCGUCGCCGCGCCUCGCUUCGCUGAUACAAUCCGCACGCGUUUUUCCCCGCGUCGUGACGGACAUUUACAUGAUUCUCCCGUAGCGAGCGGCGCGCCUGACAGAAACGACGACGACGACAACGACAGUCGGGUCAGCCAUUCGCGAAUACCCACGGCCCAGAAGUCUCUGUUCCAGACAAUGAAAAUAGUGAACAAGUGUGCCAGCUGCAUUUCUUCCUCUUGAAUCUUGUCGCGACGUCGAUGAACGUGGGAACGACAAGUUGUGUCGAUGAAGCAUCCGCGGGAUCACGAAACCGUCGUCCGUCACGUCGCACUCGCUCCUAAGACGUUCCUCUUCUGGGGGAGAAUUCCCGAUGGCAGAAAUCGCGCAGCGUAAUCCUUUCCUCCAAUUGUGGCAACAAUCUCAAUCGUGCGAACCGAAAAACUGAAGAUUUUUAGGCAAUUCGUUAUCUCUUCCGGUAUAUUUUCCAUAAUUAAACGUCGGGAAUGACUUUCCCGUGCGCGCGCGAAAUGUUACUGAGACCGAUGAUGCGUAGAACCGCGAAGUGAUAGUCGAAGAAACGCGAACGAUCGGUUCCAGGAAGUUGCGAAAUUGGCCGUAUGUAUCGAUCGGCCGGGAUCACCCGCUGAUUGUUGAAUUGAAGUCAAGGACAAUAGUGUACACAGGUGGGCAAACUUGAGAUUCCCGCUUGCCUCCAGGACUUGUUUGAGGACUUGCACGUUACACGCAAACAGGAUUCAAAGUGCGGUGCCUCAGUGAGAUGGCCUUCAUGAUGAAAAAGAAAAAGUACAAAUUCUCUGUAGAGGUCGACCUCGAGGAGCUCACGGCGGUGCCAUUCGUCAGUGCCGUGCUUUUCGCCAAGCUGAGGCUUCUGGAUGGCGGUUCUUUUGUCGAUCAUUCCACCAGGGAGGAAGUGCAAGAGCAUACGGUGAGAUGGAACGCAAAGUUCGAGUUUUUAUGCAAGAUGAGCGCCAAUGCGUCCACGGGCGUGCUCGAUCCAUGCAUUUUAAGGAUAUCUGUGAGAAAGGAAUUAAAAGGAGGCAGGUCCUUCCAGAAAUUGGGCUUCACCGAUUUAAACCUGGCCGAAUUCGCAGGAGCUGGCUUCUGCCGAAGAAGAUGUCUCCUGGAGGGUUACGAUGCGCGACAUCGUCAGGAUAAUUCUAUGCUGCGCGUAGCCAUAAAAAUGAAUAUGCUCUCCGGAGAUAUCCUAUUUAAAGUCCCUUCCCCAUCAUUGAAACAAACUCAGUUGGCGGUGCCCGGAGUGCAAGGUGCACCUGGUGUUACCGGUGACGAAGUAACGGCAUCCGAGAGAUGUUCUAAUCGAGAGGAUUAUGUAUCUACUGGUUCCUUAGCGGGAAGUAUAGCAAGUGCCAGCAGUGGUUUCGGCAGUCUUCCUAAGAAGAGGCCUGCACUCUUCACUUCCGAACUUCUCAGCGGAGCAGAAACAUAUGAUCCGAUGACUCUUAGCGAAAUCGUACCUUCGGCGGUUCCUGUGGAGACUCUAAUAGAGGCACAUACGGAAUCUGGGCAUUCGCGCAACAGCAGCAAUACGAGUCAACUUAGCAAAGGGUCUGGCUACGGUUCCUUGAAUUCGCACAGUCAGCAUAGCAGACAGAGCAGUAGCGGUGAUAGCGGUCACAUUAGCCUCAAGCAAUCUCUUCAUUCUCAAUUUCUCGACCAUGAGACUCUGGACUCUCUAUCUUUUUUUUACUUUACGUCACCUUCCUGGCCGGUAUGGGCACCACGAAUCCUCAACUCCUCUCAGAAUUUAUCCACACAACCGAUUGCCUAUCGACCUGAUACCUGUAUUGAACCUCUAUCAUUGCAUCCAUCUUCUCUGUCGCACAUAGCCUCCAGAGCUCGAUUCUGGUCGGCAUCGAGCCCUCUCUCCUCUCGUAUUGGUCCAACAGAUAUGGAAGAUCCGAUGAAAGUAGACAUUAUUGCGAAGAACAUUUAUUCGGUCGGAAAGCAGCCACUUUAUGAAAUCGAGAACGGUUUCUUAAAUGACAGCGAUUCACGCGAAUGUCGCAAUGACGCGAACACAGAUACCCGGAUAGCGCCCGGGAUUUUUAGGGUGCCAGACAUGCCGCGACACUCGCGCAAGAAUUACGAGAGGAACAGCUUUGAGGCGCGUAACGAACGUAACGUGAUAAUGAGCUCGAUCGCCAAGGAGAGUAAUGGGCAACAGAGUAACGUCUUCCCAAUCGCAAAGUCGAGAAUUAGUGCCACAGGUUGGCGCAGCAUGUCGAAGACCUGCGAUUGCAUCGAAAAGGGCAAAACAAGCCCGGUGUUGCGACUGGUCGAUCAGGCCAGAGCUGUGUCCUCUCCUGAUCCUCUCCAUAGGCCUGACAAUCAAAGAGCCCCACUACGUCCCACGACGACAGCUCAAACCCUCAGGAAUCCUUCCGGCGGUUCAGGUCUCAGCGAAACUGGAUCCCUAGAUCGUGCUAAGGCUGCGCUAGAGCGUAGAAAAAAAGCGGAAGAUGGUGCUGGUAAUCCUAUCCUCUGUAGAGUUGAAGUCACCAGGCCGAAUCCUGAUUCUCUUAUCGACGAACUGCUUAAAGCAACGAAUUUGGAGCAGACGGAUCUUGAAAGUUCCGAGACAACUGGUCUUCAACUCUUCAUUGCGAAAGACGGCACGACCGCGCUUGGUAGUCAUGAAGUAAAGAGUCAGAUGCCUGCCGGUGUGUUCAAGCAAGUGGUAAUGGAAGAGAACAACAGGUAACACGAAGCCAUCACCACAAGACGGCAGUACGCAAGACAGGCCAGUGCCACGUUCUCGUUGGCUCUGGUGCCAGAGCUCGUCUAUGAGGCCUACGAGCCGCGGUAGUUACAAGAGAUGAUGAUAUGAAUGAGGAAGGAAAUUAUUGAGAGAAGUGGCCAAACGUGAUACGAAGUACAUCCUCGUUAGAUCGUUCUAGACUGUAUCUCUUCUCCAUAUAAAAAAAAUGAUGCCUCUAAAUAGUCGAACUAAUAUUCAUCGAAGUAGUAUGUUCGAGUUGGUUACUUCGUGUGAAAUUUAUUGUAAGGAUUCGAAAGAUCGAGGCUGAUAUUUAUGUGCGCAUUUAAAUAUGAAUAAUCGAACAGUCAUAUGCAGCUUGCAAGAUUGUUAACUGCGUUUUAACAGUCGAUCCUCCAAGAUAAUUUUCAUACGUGGAUUUUGCGUUUUUUAAAAUCCCGUGCAACGAACGAAAUCUAUGUAUAGUGUUGCUGUUCAUGACAAACGACCUCAGCUGCGUGCACAAUUUAAGGACGAUAUUAAAUGAAUACAUGUUUUCGGAACUAUUUCAAAAGACAGAUAUACGUAUUUUCUUUCUUAUAAACGAAGCAUAAUGACAAUGAAUCAAGCGUGUUUCGCUUAAAAGAAAAGUGUUAGCCUGAUUCCACCAAUGUAAGAUUUUAAUCUUUAAUCGUUCAAUUUACUUUUUAUCUUUUUCUAAUUCUAAUAAUUAAAAAAAAAGAUAAACAGUAAGUUAAAUCGAAAUUAAUGUUAAUCUUACAUCGGUAGAACUAGGUCUUGAUCAAUAAAAUUUGACCGAGAGGGAGUACAGAAUAUAAAGUAAAGAAAUAUAGUUACAGAAAAAUAAUGACAGGUGAAAUACGGUCAAGGUCCGACGAAACACAAAGGGAAGUAACAUCGAGCAAAAUUUAAGCGCCAAUUUUAUUUAUGCACCUACAGCACCUACGACAGCGAUAUAAUCUUGAUAAUGUGAAUACACUAUAAAACGACUUGUGAAGUUAGCGUGAAAAGAAAUAUCAAAUUGAGACAUUAAAUAUCGUGAUUGUAUCUUUAUAUGAAAGUAUUCUUGACAGCAUUUCUGACAAUAUUAAUCAAAUAGAGAAUGUUUCCCCAAGAUGGCUCAAAAUGAUUUC